CUCACCGUCUCGUCGUGGAGGCAUCUCCCUCUCCGCGCGGCGGUGCUGGUGUGCGUGCGUGAGCUUGAUCGGGGGGAGGAAUAGGAUGAGGGGGGCGGUGGCGGUGAAGGCGGGGAGCAGGCCGCCGUGGGUGGGGCUGGGGGCGGCGGUGUGGGUGCAGGUGGCCGGCGGAGCCAGCUCCACCUUCGCGCUCUACUCCCACGCGCUCAAGGUCGCGCUCGGCGCCGACCAGCGCCGCCUCGCGCUGCUGGGCGUCGCCUGCGACGUCGGGGAGAACCUCGGGCUGCUCCCCGGGGUGCUCUGCAACCGCCUCCACCCCGCGCUGCUGCUGCUCGUCGGCGCCGCCGCCUGCCUCCUCGGCUACGGAUCCACCUGGCUCGCCGUCUCUGCCUCCGGCCCUGCGCUGCCGUACUGGCUGAUAUGGUUUGCCUUGUGCCUUGCUGCAAACAGUGGUGCAUGGUUGGGGACUGCUGUUUUGGUAACCAACAUGAGGAACUUUCCACUCAGUAGAGGUGCUGUUGCUGGCAUCCUUAAAGGGUACGCCGGUUUGAGUGCUGCUGUGUACACUGUGAUAUACACUGGAGUACUCCAUGAUUCAGCGGCGAACUUUCUGCUUUUUCUCACCCUGGGAGUUCCCGUUGUAUGCCUCGUGACAAUGUACUUCGUGCGGCCUUGUGAACCCUCACUUGUGGAGAACUCUUCGGAGAAAGUCCAUUUUCUGUUCACACAACUCUCCAGUGUUCUUCUAGGGGCUUAUCUUGUUGCAGCUACGAUAUUGGAUCAUUUCGUAACUCUUACUGAUGCUCUGAACUAUGUUCUGCUUGUCAUUAUGGUCCUUAUCCUAUUUGUUCCACUUACAGUACCCUUGAAAAUGACAUUGUUUCCAAGUAACCGAAGAAAAGGGCAAUCCGAUUCAUCAGAUUGCUCUUCCUCUGCUGAUCAUGGGCAUACAGAACCAUUACUUCCUUCGUCAUCAGCAUCAAACCUUAGUAAUAUAGAAGAUGAUGAUUCCAUGGAUAUUGACAUUCUCUUAGCUGAGGGUGAAGGGGCUAUAAAGCAGAAGAGAAGAAGACCAAAAAGGGGAGAGGACUUCAGAUUUCGUGAAGCACUGCUGAAGGCUGAUUUCUGGCUUUUAUUUGCAGUAUAUUUUAUUGGGGUCGGUUCUGGAGUCACUGUUCUUAAUAAUCUAGCACAAGUUGGAAUUGCAGCAGGUGUUGUUGAUACAACCAUAUCACUUUCCCUCUUCAGUUUCGGCAAUUUUUUUGGCCGUUUAGGAGGCGGUGCUGUUUCUGAGUAUCUUGUCAGGUCAAGGACCCUUCCACGGACAACAUUGAUUACAUGCACCCAAGUCAUGAUGAUAAUUAUAUACCUUCUCUUUGCAUUGGGUCACCAUGCCACACUUCAUGUCUCUGUUGCUUUACUUGGCAUUUGUUACGGUGCCCAAUUCUCGGUGAUGGUGUCAACUUCAUCGGAGCUGUUUGGAUUGAAGCACUUCGGAAAGAUUUUCAAUUUCAUCUCAUUGGGGAAUCCUCUUGGCGCGCUCUUGUUUAACAGUCUCGCAGGGUACGUUUAUGACAAGGAAGUGGAAAGACAGCACGCCACAACAAUGGACACUGACAUUGCAUGCCAUGGCCCUAACUGUUUCAGACUUACAUUUUGCGUUCUAGCUGGCGUGGCUAGCUUGGGCACAUUGCUGAGCAUAGUUUUGACAGUGAGAAUCCGACCAGUAUAUCAGAUGCUCUAUGCUGGUGGAUCCUUCAGCCAGCCGAGGAGCUCUGCUCACUGAGAAAGGCAUUCAAGAAUUUGCAUUAAUGUAGUAUAUGAGAUAGAGAGCUUGCUUGAUGGUAUUCUUGGAUCUACUAUAUUCAGUUAUGAGUAUUGGUGAUCUACACUGUUAUUUGAGCUAUGAGGUUCAGGAAUGAGAGAUUUUUGUCGAGUUUCUAGUGCUAGAUUCUGGUGCUGCUGGUUCUAGGCUAAUGCGCUGAAGCAACAAACCGAGAAUGUAAUAACAGAAUUUGCUCCUUUUGUAUCAUAGCAAUUUAUAAUAUACUAAAAUCUCACAAUAGGUGUGAUAUUUGGGUGUUA